AUGUUCUCGGUAACGUGGGGCCGAUACGACGCUGUUAUCACGCAGAAGUGGGUCGUUGUACUUGAUCCAGCUCGCAUGCAUGCAUGCAGGGCCGUGCUAACUGGCUCAGCCAUGCAUGCGACGGAUUUGAUAGGAUUCUGUGAUUAUACUAUCUGUAACAAAGCACUCCCUUUCUCCCCGGUGCAGAGGCGCAUCCCCCCUCCCCCUCCCUCCCCAUCCCGCAAAUACCCACACGAGCUACGUAGAUACUAUAUAUGUAUGUAUGUACGUAAGGUUCAAACACCGAAAUCGAACCGCAUCGCAAAAUUUCGCAUCGACUUUGUCCAAGCCACUAGAACCUUCUACACUCGAGACCCUCAGCUAAUAUGGCUUCCUAACCAUCCAUCUCAAAAGACUUGCUCAAAUAGGAUGUUCCAUUCACCAGAUAACGGCUAG